GGAUCCGCCGUUAGUAACGUCCAGUCGAUGAGAAGUUGAGCCUCGUGUGGACCAGUUCGGGACAAGUCAAACUCCGCUCUCGAUAUGUCCGACGCUGAGGAAACUGAGAGCGAGGACAGUGAUACAGAAGGAGGUAUGGGAAACGUGAACAAAAUGAUAAUGCGACCACCGGGACACAGCGGAAAGGCGAAGAAAGGACACAUUUGCUUCGAUGCCUCGUUCGAGACCGGUAACUUGGGCAGGGUGGACCUUAUCUCAGAAUUCGAGUACGAUCUGUUCAUCAGGCCUGAUAUCUGCAAUCCGCGACUUCGCCUGUGGUUCAACUUCACCGUGGACAACGUGAAAGCGGAUCAACGAGUGGUCUUUAACAUAGUUAACAUAUCGAAGAGCGCAAAUCUGUUUCGGAACGGAAUGACUCCGUUGGUGAAGAGCAGCAGUAAACCAAAGUGGCAAAGGAUUCCCAGAGACCAAGUAUUUUACUACAAAUCGGCGCAGCACCAAAACCACUACGUCCUCAGUUUCGCUUUUUCUUUUGACCGUGAAGAAGAUGUGUAUCAAUUUGCUUUGACCUAUCCAUACUCGUACAGUCGCUAUCUGGCACAUCUGGAUAAUCUUUGCACCAGGUUAACGUGUACGAAGAGGGAAACCUUAGCCACGUCGAUACAAAAGAGGAAAAUCGAAUUGGUCACGAUAACUUCAAAUCUGGAAGACCCUCAAGAUCAUUCAAGGAGGGUGGUGGUUGUUCUUGCCAGAGUUCAUCCAGGCGAGUCACCCUCUUCCUUCGUUUGCCAAGGUCUAAUGGACUUUCUGGUCAGUUCCCACCCCAUCGCCCAAGUAUUGAGGAAUUAUGUCGUUUUCAAGAUAGUGCCGAUGCUAAACCCUGACGGCGUUUUUCUUGGCAAUUAUAGAUCCACUCUGAUGGGAGCAGACUUGAAUCGUUCGUGGAACAAAAUCUCCGAUUGGCUGCAUCCUGCUCUGGUAGCGAUCAAACCGAUGUUGAAGAACCUCGAUAAGAGUUCCCGUACACCGUUGGACUGCGUACUUGAUUUGCACGCUCAUACCAAUGCUACGGGACUUUUCGUUUAUGGAAACACCUACGACGACGUGUACAGGUACGAGAGGCACAUCGUGUUACCAAAGUUGUUAGCGCAACACGCCGAAGACUAUGAAAUAGGGAACACGAUGUACAAUCAGGAUCCCCAUAAGGCUGGGACCGCACGUCGUUAUCUGUGUUCCAUUCUCAAGGAACAUGUAAAUUGCUACAGCAUCGAGGUAUCGAUGUUCGGAUACAAUAGGAAAUCGACGCCUGGAAUAUUCCCGUACACCGAGGAAGGAUAUUAUAGAUUAGGCCGCAAUCUGGCCCGUGUAUUCCUAGAAUAUUACAAACUGAUGGGCAUCAUACCCGCCGGUCUUCCUGAUCAACCAUCCACCAAACGAACGCGACAAUCACGAACAAGGCAUCGAGUUCUUAGAGAACCUAGACCGAAGACAUCCAGGAAACCUGCGCCUAUACAUCUGGCCAGUAUUCACGAGUACUUUCAAGAGGAGACAGAGAUGGCCGCGAGCGGCGGUUACCGAUCGAUGAGCGGCACGCGGAUGAGCCAGCUUGGGACCGGAACUGGAAGUGGAACGGGCGUCGGCGGGUGCAGGAACCGGAGCUACAGGUUCCGGAGCCCCGGGGCACCGCUCGACAGGGUGCAGGCCCUGUCCAGACAUCCCGCCGAGCCGAGGCUCACCAUUAUCGAUUUCAAUCAGCUGACAAGGGGCGGUUUGGAACUCGCUACCAGCAAGAACAGGGCAAAGGUCGCUCGAAAAGCCGCGAAGUUGAACAGAUAGCGAUCUCCAUUUUACCUCAAAGCGUCGUCUUAGCACCGAUAAUCGAUAGGUAAAAUAAUUCUUUAAAAAGAACUUCGAAGCGUCUGAUCCGAUUUAACUAACGUGAACCGCUAGAUUUAGACUCUUCUUUGCGCAAAGAAACUUUUAAAGAAUACUACGAAUUAAAAAUUUCUGCCUGAAGCUCUACGAUAGCGCGUACUCGCGGUCUUUCAAGAAUUUGUAGGUGAUCGAUCGACGAAAGAAGAAGAGAAUAGCAAUGUAACGUAACCAUGUGUAAUCUGAACCCAAUGUCGAUCGUAUCAGUUUCGUAGAGAAGCUUCUUUACACGGUGGUGUAGGUUAACGAUUACCUCAAUGUACACAUAAAAUUGAUGGAUCGAGUGGUAUACGAAACUGCCCAAUGCCAAUAACGUCAAUCAGUGAUUCGUGUACGCUGUAUCGAAUCAUAAAGAGUCGAUUUGUAGAGUUGUUACGUUCUUUUAUUUCUAUACACGCGCCACUUCCUUUACGUACAUAUUUCUUAGUACGCCCGACCGAUC